AUGCACCACGUCGAUUCGAACAGAAGCGAACAGCACACGAGCAGACCUCAAUGGAAGGCUCCAGUGUCCGCUAAAAUCCACAACGAUACGGCCUACAGUGCGGCGCUUCCUGGUGGAGGAACAAUUCUGAUUCACAUGCUGAAUAUUCUCGAGGGCUAUCCUGACCUCCACAGGGAUGAUCCCAUAACCUGGCACCGAAUCGUUGAAACCUUCAAACACGCCUACGGAAUCCGUACUCGCCUGGGCGAUCCAGCAUUUGUCCCUGGGAUUGAAGAACUUGUACGGAAUUUAACUAGCAAAAACUACGCUCGGUAUAUUAGGUCCAAAAUCAAUGACUCGCACACGUCUGAAGACUACAAGUUCUACGGAGCCGAUUUCUCGCAGCCGGAAGACCAUGGAACGGCACAUAUUUCAGUUUUAGAACCGAACGGAGAUGCCAUCGCCGUUACCAGCACCGUCAAUGACUACUUUGGAGCUCACAUUAUAUCUGCUCAAACUGGGAUAAUCCCUAACGGUGAGAUGGACGAUUUCUCAACCCCAGGCGUCAUAAACAUUUUCGGGGUUCCGGCAUCUCCAGCCAACUACAUCGCUGCAGGAAAGCGACCUCUUUCGUCCAUGUCCCCAACAAUAGUGGUCGACGAGCAGGGAGACGUUCGACUAAUCGUCGGUGGGGCAGGUGGAACCAAGAUCACAACUUCGACCUUGUUGAUCAUCCUCCGGAGUCGAUUCUUCGGGCAGGAUUUGCAAAGCUCGAUGGCAGAUCCUCGGAUACAUCAUCAGCUAGCUCCAAUGGAACUUCAGUACGAGAACACGUUGGGAAAGGACAUCGUUGAAGGUUUAACAGCCCGAGGGCACAAGCUGAAGAUACCGGAUUAUGUGGCCACGAUGACGGCCGUUGCUAGGGAACGAGACGGACGAGUAACUGCGGCGUUCGACCCCAGGAGACCUGGAGGAGCGGUCGUGGUGCAAUUGUAAACGACUUACACUAGUGUUCACUACUUUUACUCCACUAAUACAAGAAGUAAAAUUCUUUUGUUUGAAUCUUAACUAUCAAUUUAAACAUCCCUAAGGUUUACUUAUAAUGUAUUGCGAAUAACAAACUGUCA